AUGAUUAUAUCUUUAAUAGUAUCUACUAUUUGUUUAAAGAAAUAUUUGUUACAGAUCAUCGUCUUCAGCUGUUUGUUUGCAGCUGCUAGUGCCGGACUUAUCUCUUCAGCGCCUUUUGCAUACUCAGCGCCUUUAUCCUAUUCUACUCACGCGGUUCACGCUGCGCCUAUAACUUAUGCGGCACCCAUUGCCAAAGUUGCAGUUGAAGAUUACGACGCCCACCCUCAAUAUAGCUUUGCCUACAAUGUACAAGAUGGACACACUGGUGACUUUAAGUCACAGCACGAGACUCGUGAUGGAGAUGUUGUCCAAGGCUCAUACUCGCUUGUUGACUCUGACGGCACCAGACGUACCGUUGAUUACACAGCUAACCCACACAAUGGUUUCAACGCGGUCGUCCGUAAGGAGGCUCUUGGAGUGAAAGUGGCUGCAGUUGCUCCCAUCGCUAAGAUUGCUGCUCCCGUCACUUACGCUGCUACCCCCGUGGUAUAUGCCGGUCCACUCAGCCAUCCCACACCAUUCGCAUACUCUGCUCCCAUUUACCACCAUUGA